AUGGAAACCGCUGUAAAAUGGGUCACUGUCACUGACGGGAGGCUUCAGGCAACCGAGGAAGCAUGCGAGCGGCUUUCGAACGUUUCCGACGACCAGUCACUGAGCGUCGUCACGAUUCUCGGCGCCGCAAGGCAGGGAAAGUCCUUCCUAAUGAAUGCGCUGACACGUUCCGACAACGUCUUUCGUGUGUCACCUGAAGUGUAUCCGUGCACGGAGGGAGUCGACCUCUUUCCCAUCCUGAUGCCUCUGUCCGAGUUCAAGAGGGGGAGCGCGCGCAACAUCACUCACCUUCCCUCAAGCUCGCCGCAACCCACGAUCGGAUUUGUAGACAUGGAGGGUCAAGGAGAUCGGUCUGACGAACGUGACGUGCGCCUAGCAACACCGUUCCUACUGGUUUCCAAGGUCGUCAUCUUCAACUGGCUGGGCUUGCCCAACAAGAGCACCAUCCUGGAACGGCUGGUGGUGAUGAUAAAGGCUGCUGAAAAGGUAUCGAGGCGCAAGAACAAAGGUGAGCCCAUGUUCGGCCACCUCAUCCUCGUGAUGCGCGACGUGAAACAGAAGGCUGCGGAGAUCGAGGCGCUGAUCAUGGACGACGAGGAUGGCGGCCUGACGCACGAAGAUGCUGAAGGCGUGACGGAGCGCAACCUCAUCCGGAAGAGGCUGAGGGCGGUCUUCAAAAGCACGGUCGUCCACACGAUGCACCGCCCCCACCCGGACAUAGCAGACGAAGCGGUGCCUCUGUCUGAGGUAUCUCCAGGGUUCACGACCUCGCUCGAUGAGCUGAGGGACACUAUCGCAGAACACCUCACGACCCCGCACACCUUCGCUGGCCAGCCCAUUGCUGGCGGACAGCGCCUCCAUGACAUCGUCCGAGGCCUGUGCGAGGCAGUCAACUCCACCGGGGAUAUCUGCCCUCCCAGCGUGCUCGAAGCCAUCGACAUGAGGUGCACUCAGGAGGAGAAGGAAAAGGCGCUCGUCCUUUUCGACGCCAUGAUUAGUUCGGCCAGAAACGGUGUCUUGGUAUUCAGCACGCGCGAGGUUACUCGUACCAUCAAUGACGCUCGCGAAAAGGCGUUCGAGCAGUUCGACCAGGCGACACAGGUACCGGCCACUCCUUCAAUGCAGGCGAUAUCUUCGCGCAUCACGAAGGGCGUGCACGAAGAGCUGGUCGAGCAGAUGUCGCCCAAAGCUGCGGUUGUGGCUGGCAGCCAAGACACGAAGCGUCGUGAGCUUUCAGCCAAGAUGCAAGCGCGGGUAUCAUCAGCCGAAGCGGACGUUUCCGGGACGGCGCUGGGUUGGAACGCGAUGAACGAGGACGGCGAUCCUACCGGCAUCGACGAACACAACCUCAAUACGCAAUGGAACCAGCUUGUCCGAUCCACGUUCCAAGCCCUUCAGAAGGAUCUCAAGAAAAUGGCCACUGUCAAUCGCGUGGUGAACGAGGCUCUGCUCCAUGAACUGGGCUGGAAUCUAUCGACGAAGCAGUUCGAAGGUCUCGUCAAGGGUACGCGCACGCAGGUGCAGGAACGCAACCGCACGGCGCUUGCACGCGAGGAGGACCGCAAGGCCAAGGAAGCCGCCGAGAAAAGGGCCAAAGAGCUGGCCGACCAAAACGCAUCGUUGGAGAGGGAAACCGCGGCGGCUAAUCGGCAGCGAGACGACGCACGGCGACAACAGCAACGGCGACAGGAACCGGAAAGUUCGAACGACUCGUAUGGAAACUUGCAACGUGCAUGGCUCGCGCACCGCCUGUUGGGCGGAGGCUACGGAGGAAAUGGGGGCUACGGAGGCUAUGGGGGGUAUGGGGGAUACGGAGGAUACGGAGGAUACGGAGGAUACGGAGGCUAUGGAGGAUACGGAGGGUUCAACCCGUUCGGAGGCUACCGGUAA